AUGAAAAACUUUUCAAUCUUUCUAUUCGUGUUUAGUCUUUGCAUGUUUGACCAUGUAUCCAGCUCUGGAUUCAAGAUCACGAACGAACUCAAAUCCAAUAAACUUCUUCGGAUUGGAUGUUAUUCCAAAGAUGACAUAUUCGGUCCAAAAACAAUACCAAUAGGACAACAUGUUGAAAUCAAUUUUACUAUUAAUUUUUGGCAUACAACACGUUUUAUGUGUAAUUUGGAACAAGGACCUAACUAUAAACAUUAUCAGAAAUUUACAGCAUACAAGGUUUCCGGUUUUAUGGUUGAGGAAGGCAUAUAG